AAUGGACAAGUCAGAGUUAUAAUACCUAUAAACAAUGAUAGUGAAACAAGAUCACUGAAAUCAAAACAAUAUAUUAAAGUUGAUAAGCUCUGCAAUAGUAUUGUUAAAGAAAUUGCUCCAGUUGAUGAUACAAAUGGAACAUAUCAUAAAGUUGUUAUAAAAACGAUGGAAGCCCCAAAUGGAAAUAAGGUUAAAGCGUAUAACUGUCUGUCUUGCAAUUUCCUGGUAUCGUCAUUGACUGAAUUCAAAAAUCACCCUUGCAAAAAUCGUGUCAUUUCAGAAAAGUAUAUUUGUCCGCAUUGCUCCGUUAUGUAUGACAACCCAAAGUCUUUAUGUGCACAUAUGAAAGUUCAUAAAGAGAAACCAGAUACGUCGUCUUUAUUAGAACCAAUUAAAUUUGACUGUGAAGUAUGCAGUACUAAAUUUCCAUCAAGCAAAUCGUUAAAAUUACACAAGCGGAUGCACGAUCCUGUUAAAUCUCGACCCAUAGAACCACCGGUAGAGACAACAGAAGGUUCUGAUAAAUAUCUAUGUCUAGUUUGCUUCAAAUUAAUACCCGUAGACUAUAGAGUAAUUCACCAGAAUUCGCACAAGGUCAGCAACGAAAUGAUAUGUGAUAUAUGUAAUAAGAAGUUUCCCAACAAGGAGUAUUUAGAGAUGCACAUGAAUGUACAUAAUAUGGAUAAGGUGACAGUGGGCAAACAGGACAACACACUGCCGUACCAUUGCCUGUACUGCAGUCGGAAGUUCGCGCGGCCGCACGAGAAGGUGAAGCAUGAACGGAUUCAUACGGGCGAGAAGCCCCAUUCCUGCGAAAUCUGCGGCAAAUCUUUCCGCGUGUCGUACUGCCUCACGCUGCACAUGCGCACGCACACAGGCGCUAGGCCCUACGAGUGUCCACACUGCCCCAAAAGAUUCAAAGCGCACAGCGUGUACAACCACCACCUGCUGACGCACUCGGAGGUGCGCGCGUACAAGUGCCCGUUCUGCCCCAAGGCGUUCAAGACCUCGGUGCAGCUCGCCGGCCACAAGAACUCGCACACCAAGCCCUUCUCCUGCCAGCAGUGCAACAGGCCGUUCGCGUCGCUGUACGCGGUGCGCGUGCACAUGGAGGUGCACACGCGGCAGAACAACCUCAAGUUCUCGUGCUCCGCGUGCGGCGCCAGCUACGCGCGCGCCUUCGCGCUGCGCGACCACAUGCGCACCGCGCACGCCGACCGCCCGCUCAGCCCCCAGUGGAAAGAAAACACGCUAGCAACGACCGAAGCGACUGAAACGGAAGAAAUCUCACUCACAACAGACUCACUCAAUAAGGAAUUGCCAAAUGAUGACAACGCCGUCCAACUAGGAGAAAAGAUUUAG